AUGGCGGCCUCCGAAGGGGGUUGGUGUUUCUGCAAAUUACUGAGGUUUUUUUAUUCAUUAUUCUUCCCUGGACUAAUUAUAAGUGGCACUUUGUGUGUGUGUUUGGUCAUUUUCCUUUGGGGAAUCAGACUGCUGCUCCAGAGAAGGAAGAAAGCAGUGGCAACCAGCAAAAAUGGGAGCAUUCAAACAGUGAUUGCAUUUUUCCAUCCGUACUGCAACGCUGGCGGCGGAGGGGAGAGGGUGCUGUGGUGUGCCCUCAGAGCCCUGCAGAAAAAAUAUCCUGAAGCAGUUUAUGUUGUUUACACGGGGGAUGUCAAUGUCAGUGGUGAUCAGAUACUAGAAGGUGCGCUCAGAAGAUUUAAUAUCAAAUUAAUUCACCCAGUGAAGUUCGUGUUCUUACGGAAGCGCUACCUCGUGGAGGAUUCACGCUACCCUCGCUUCACGUUACUGGGCCAGAGUCUCGGGUCCCUGGUGCUUGGCUGGGAAGCCCUGAUGCUCUGUGUUCCUGAUGUUUACAUUGACUCCAUGGGCUAUGCCUUCACACUUCCUCUGUUUAAGUAUGUAGGAGGCUGCAGAGUUGGCAGCUACGUCCAUUACCCCACUAUCAGCACUGACAUGCUGUCUGUAGUGAAGAAUCAGAAUGCUGCAUUUAACAACGCAGCCUUCAUCUCCAGGAACCCUUUCCUCAGCAGAAUGAAGCUCCUCUACUACCAUUUAUUUGCUUUCCUGUACGGGCUGGCUGGGUCUUGCAGUGACGUCGUCAUGGUCAACUCCUCUUGGACACUAAACCAUAUUCUCUCCCUGUGGAAGGUUGGAGGUUGCACUAGCAUAGUUUACCCACCUUGUGAUGUGCAGACUUUUCUGGACGUUCCCUUGCAUGAGAAGAAGACCACCUCAGGACACCUGCUGGUUUCCAUCGGCCAGUUCAGACCUGAGAAGAAUCAUCCUCUGCAGAUCAGAGCCUUUGCUAAACUGCUGAAUAACAAGGUGGCAGAGUCACUUCCUUCCCUCAGACUUGUCCUCAUUGGAGGCUGUCGUAACACAGAUGAUGAAUUUCGAGUAAAUCAGCUGAGAAAGCUUUCUGAGGACCUAGGCGUGCAGGAUGCUGUAGAGUUUAAAAUAAACAUUCCAUUUGAUGAAUUAAAGAAGUACUUGUCUGAAGCGACAGUUGGUCUUCAUACCAUGUGGAAUGAGCACUUUGGGAUAGGAGUUGUGGAGUGCAUGGCAGCUGGCACAAUUAUCCUUGCACAUAACUCGGGGGGACCAAAGCUCGACAUCGUAGUUCCUUACAACGGAGACGUGACUGGGUUCCUGGCUGAAGGGGAAGACGAUUACGCUGAGGCAAUGGCACACAUCCUUUCAAUGUCUGAGGAACAGAGACUCCAGAUCAGGAGAAGCGCCCGCGCGUCCGUGCUCAGAUUCUCUGACCAGGAAUUUGAAGUGACAUUCCUGUUGUCUGUGGAGAAGUUGUUUAAAUGA